UCAUUAGCUUGGCUAACGUUAGCUUGUAGCAGACCUACACAACCGCUAGCUUUACCUAGCAAACUAGCUGCCAACAUAACCAUUGGGGUAAAGUUAGCUCACCUCUUUUUAAGCGACAACACAUAUGUUAUUAUUAAUUUAUCAUUUCGAUUCAGGGUUACAGCUUGAAAGUUGUUUCAUUUCUGACAUAAUGAUGCGUUAUAGUUUAUUAAAUAAUAUUAGGCAAAAAUAACUGUGUGGUAGGGUUCCUCCCCUGAUUGGAGCUAACUUUAAGAUUAGCAUGCUAGCUAGCGUUUUAAUGUUUUUCAACAUGAUGGGAAUUAUUAGCACUCACCGUCCCUGAUCAGAAAGGUCUGACUUUUCAGGUCUGAAUAAUAAGACAAUUCGGUCUGACAAUUGUUGAUUUAAAGUUACUAAAAUAUAGCAAAUUAUUCCAUUGCUAUCAUCUUAUCUUGUUCGUGUUUUUGCCUCUGUUUUUACAUUACUAUUGUUUUUGUUUUGUUUACUUUAAAGUGUUGUUGUAUUCUCGUUUUAACCAUGUUAAUCCCUAUGUGUUCAAAGGUUAUGUACAACUACAGUUUAUAAUUAUUAUUAUUACGUUUUUAAUGACUAUAUUUAGAAAUUACAGAAACUAACAUUCAAUACCUUGGCUCGGGAGCUACUGUACUUUAAUUUUACAACUUGACUUAAAUAGUUUCGGUAAUUACCAAACUACUCUGAGAAAGUUGUAAGAUGUGGCAUAGCAUUCAACUGUGAAUUGAAAACACAAAAUCAGAGUGUUGUUGUUGGUCUAUUUAUUAGUAAUUGUGUGUGUGUGUGGAGGAAAGGCUGCCCAUCGUCUGUCAGCUCUGUUUCAGUACCUCUACUCCUUUACCAAAUUAGGCUCUGGCCUGGCGGGACUGUGAGUAGUGAGUUCCCCAACUGAUUCACAAAUUAUUUUCCACUCUCCAUGGUGACAGCUGCUGAAACAAGCUCAACAGUUGUAGGAGAUAUCAUUGCUAAUGCCCUGGCCAGUGCGGCCUGUGAGCGCUGUAAGAGCGGCUUUGCUGCCACUGAGAAGAUUGUGAAUAGUAAUGGAGAGCUGUACCACGAGCAGUGCUUUGUGUGUGCCCAGUGUUUUCAGCAGUUCCCUGAAGGACUUUUCUAUGAGUUUGAAGGAAGAAAAUAUUGUGAACAUGACUUCCAGAUGCUCUUUGCGCCUUGCUGUCACCAAUGUGGCGAGUUCAUCAUUGGUCGUGUCAUUAAGGCCAUGAACAAUAGUUGGCACCCAGACUGCUUCUGCUGUGACAUUUGCCAGGCUGUGCUUGCAGACGUGGGGUUUGUCAAAAAUGCUGGCAGGCACCUUUGUCGCCCGUGCCAUAACCGCGAGAAAGCUCGGGGCCUGGGCAAGUACAUCUGCCAGAAGUGCCACGCCAUCAUUGAAGAGCAGCCGCUGAUCUUUAAGAACGACCCCUAUCACCCAGACCACUUCAACUGCAGCAAUUGUGGGAAGGAAUUGACAGUCGAAGCCAGGGAGCUGAAGGGAGAGCUCUACUGUUUGCCCUGCCACGACAAGAUGGGUGUCCCAAUCUGUGGUGCCUGUAGGAGACCCAUCGAGGGCCGUGUUGUCAACGCUAUGGGGAAGCAGUGGCAUGUGGAGCAUUUCGUGUGUGCCAAGUGUGAGAAGCCUUUCCUCGGUCAUCGGCAUUAUGAGAGGAAGGGGUUGGCGUACUGUGAGACUCAUUAUAACCAGCUCUUUGGCGAUGUGUGCUAUCACUGCAACCGUGUGAUUGAAGGCGAUGUGGUGUCUGCUCUCAACAAGGCCUGGUGUGUCAGCUGUUUCUCAUGCUCCACCUGCAACACAAAACUCACUCUCAAGAACAAAUUUGUUGAGUUUGACAUGAAGCCUGUGUGUAAAAAGUGUUAUGAGAAGUUUCCUCUGGAGCUGAAGAAAAGGCUGAAGAAGCUCGCCGAGUCGUUGGGACACAAGUAAUCUGCUUCGCUCAACAGCCUGCAACGCUACGACUACGCCUGAGAUGGUAGAAUAUCCAGGAGAACUGCUGCAUGACAGCGCAAGGACCCGGUCUUAUAAAGGUACACCAGUAUUAACAAUCUGGGAUCCAUUUAAAAAGGAAAUAUAUAUCACUGUGGUGUUGUUAUGAAGGUGCCUGUUAGCAAUCUUUUUGUUAGCUUUUGUUUCUUCUAUAUGCAAAUGUUUUUAUGUAACAUUCCUAAAUUGUCCAAAUUACUUGUUCUCUUCUAGAACAGACAUGUGGUGCUCUAGCUCAUUUGACUUAACCAUGAGCAUGAUUACCAACUGCUAUGUCUCAAAUGAUCUUGAAUUUGAAAACAAAGUUUUGAUUGACAUUAUAAUGAUUUACACGUGUGCCUUGAAUAUAUGAACUGUGUCUUAAAAUGCGAAUUACGGUUACAUGUGAGUUACCUGCAGUUAUUGUGAUGCCUUAUUAUAUCAAUUUUAAUUAGACAAAGUAUCAUUUGAAAGCCAAAUUGUACUAGCCUUUUAACCUUUGAUCUUUUUUACCUCAGUAUGAAUGAUUACAACACAACCACUGUAUUCAUUAGGAUGUUAUAACGAUGUAUCCUCUUAUAAAGAUGAACAAAGUGUUUCAAGAAAGAGCCUUUCCCCGGAGCUAGGCUCAUAUACUAAACUUUAAGUGUUAAUGAAUCCACUGGAAAUAAAUAAAAUAAAUAUGAAUUGGUGAUGAA